AUGCAGAAUGUAACUUUCACUUCCACCCUCCUUGCAUCCUCAUCGUUCUUUCUUUUUUAUCUCUUUCUUUCUUUCUUUCUCUCUUUCUUUAUUCCUUUCUUUCUUUCUUUAUUCCUUUCUUUCUUUCUUUCUCAAACAAAUUUAUCUUAUCUUCUCCUUUCUUUCUACAUCUGCGAUUAUUUCCCUUCCACUGUAUCGAAACUGAUUUCUAUCUAUCUAUCUAUCUAUCUAUCUAUCUAUCUAUCUAUCUCACCCAGUCCAUAUCUAUCUAUCUAUCUCACCCAGUCCAUAUCUAUCUAUCUAUCUAUCUAUCUAUCUAUCUAUUCAUUCAUCUAUCUAUCUCACCCAGUCCAUAUCUAUCUAUCUAUCUAUCUAUAUCUAUUCAUCUAUUCAUCUAUCUAUCUCACCCAGUCCAUAUCUAUCUAUCUAUCUAUCUAUCUAUCUAUCUAUCUAUCUAUCUAUCUAUCUAUCUCAGUCCUCGAAUGUGAUAUUCAUUUAAUCCAACCAUUCAAUUUAUUAAAAUAUUCUAUUACUACGUUCCAUAUCUCUCUCUCUCUCUCUCUAUCUAUCUAUCUAUCUAUCUAUCUAUCACAAUCUCUUUAUUAA